CGUGGAGUGGAGUGCAGAGGGCGUGCUGCGCAAGAAGCUCACCACACCACAUGCCAUCUCCCAGGCAGCAUGGGUGCGAAUGCACGGGGAGGCGUCGCUCUCAUCGCUCGCGCUGCUGCACGCGCAUGGGCUCACACUCGCCGCCACCAAUGGUGACAUGCACGAGAUGCCGCUGCCCUUCACCUGCUCGCGCCUCUGGCCGCUCCCCAUCGGCCUGCUGCUGCAGCCCCUGCCAUCCCAGCCGUCUCUGCCGUCUCAGCCAGCACACACACACGCCUUCCACCCAUCCACACCUCUCCCCACCCACCCCCUCGCCCCCUCCCCCGCCGCACCGUUUCCGCCCUCCCCUCCCUUUGCCUUCCCCAUCCCCGCUGCUGCCACUGCUCCCUUCCCCUCGCCCGCCUCCCCCAUUCCCUUCCUGGCUCUCUCCCCCCACGCGCCUGCCAUCACCCCCUCCCUGCCUGCUCCUGCCACUGCCGCCACCGCCGGUGCUGGUGGGGCAGCUGGCGGGCAGGCAGGGCGGGCAGCGGGUGGCGCUAUGGGUGCUGCUGACUGGGCGGAUGGGGCAGUGGGUGGGGCGCACAUGGGGGGUGCUUUCAUGGAGGCAGGGUGCUUCACGCUCUCACAUGCUCAUGAGGAACUGCAGCCGGUGGGCAUGGAGGGCGGGCCGCCAUGGCAGCAGGGAGGAGGGGGCGAGGAGGUGCUCUGGUCGUCCACCGAGGUGCCGCUGCUCGCCACCUUCAACCACGCCCGCCGCCAGCACUCCGUGUGGCACCUGCGCUACCUCCCACACCGCUUCCUGCACCAAUCACCUGUCGCCACGUCAGCAGCAGAGCUGGACCCGCUACUUGCGGGGCUGAGCCCCGAGUCUCCAGCAACAGCUGCAGCUGCUGGGAGGGCGGGGGGGGUGAGGGCGGGGGGCCAGGAGGGUGUGGCGGCAGGGAGAGGAGGGGGUGUGGGUGGGGAUGCGGGCAUGGUGGGCGAUCUGAGGCUGCAGGCGGGGCGAGGGGAUGGUGGGGGCAGCGUGGGCAGUGGGGGAAGGCGGGGGAGGGGAGGCGUGACAGGCGUGGCAGCAACGGCGAAGCUGAGUCGCUUCGCGGGGGGUGGGGGGGACGGGUUGCCUGCUGGAGGGGUGGGGGUUAGAGCAGCAGCUGGACAGGAGGGAACCCUCCGGCAGAGCAUGGAGGGGCAGGCAAGGGGGGGAGGGGCGGGGGAGAAGGAUGGGGUGGCUGCAGAGGCAAGGGCGGGAGGCGAGAGGUGGGAUCCGGAGGGAGAGGGCGGAGGGUGGUGUGUGCGCAUGUCUCGUGUGUGGACGGGCCUCACAGGCCAGGACAAGGCCUCCCACGUCCUGCUGCUCUCCCACACCCCUCUUCCCUCCUCUCCCCCCGCCCCCUCCUCUCCAUGCCCCCACCGCACCUCACUCCCUCCCGCCAUCGCGCAUCUCCUCAGUCCCUCGCCCCCCCGUGGCUCGGCCUCCCUUGCCUUCUGCUCACCCGCCCGCCAGCGCGUGUGGGUGCGACACGUGGCGUAUGGGGGGGCAGGGGACGGUCCGGGCGAAGGGGAGGCGGAGGAGGAGGAGAGCAGGGCCGAUGGGGAAGGGGGGAGUGGGGGAGGCGGGGAUGAGGGCAGGGGGAGGGUGGUGCACAUGGAGGGGCGGCGCUGCUGGUCGGUGGAGGCUGUCUCCGCUGUGGCUCUGAGCCACACAGCUCCCGUCACCCCUCUGCACCGCAUCAAUCGCUUUCUCCUGGUUGCGGACCGGCAUGGCUCGCUCACGCUGAUGCACGGCCCUCUGCUGCUCUGGUGGGCGCCCUGCACCACCUUCCUCGCCCACCAUGGCAUUCAUGUGGACCAAUCAGAGCUCGCCACGUGUCUCCUGCGCCUAUCUGCCCCUCUGGGCGACCGUGUGUCCAUUGUUCUCCCCAACAACCAGGAGCAUCGCUUCCAAGUCAAGCUAGCAGUUGCCGCCCACCUGCCUGCCAGGUGUCUCACUGCCAUUCGUGCAAGCCCCUUCUCCCGCCACCUCUCCCACGACCUGCGCUGCGCCCUGCUUGCCCCGCGCCUCUGGCGGCUGCAGCAACAGCAGCGCAGGGGGGAGCAGAAGGCAGGGGAGCGUGUGGAGAGUGGUGAUGGGGCGGGUGAGGGGCGGCGGGUGGAGCUAGUGAAGCUGUGCGCGCUGGUGGGCGCAGCUGGUGGGGAUGCUGAUGGUGCAGAUGGAGGGGAGGGCGAGGAGUGGUGCACGCUGCUGGGUGUGGUGGAGGAGUGGAUUGAGGCGGCACUGGUGGGGGGUGGUGCUCGCACUGGCACUGGCACUGGCACUGGCACUGGCACUGGCAGUGGCAGUGGCAGUGGCACUGGCACGCAGGACAUGGAAAGAGAGAGGAAGCAGGAGGGAGAGAGAGAAGGGGAGCAGGACGCAGAGGCGAUGGAGGUGGAUGGUGAGGGCGACACAGGCAGUGCAGGCAGGGGGGCACAGGGAGGUGCAGGCCAGGGGAGUCAAGCAGCAGCAGGUGGGGAGGGAGGGGGCGAGGCAGGGCAGUCAGCAUGGGAGCAGCUGCUGGGCAGCCAGCACCACCGCUACCUGCUGCUCGCCGGUGCUUCCCCCUGGAUGCCCUUCCCCCUCCCGUCACUGCCCACUACCGUCCAUGCCACUCCUGCUCGCCCUGCUGCUGCCAAUAUUGCUGCAACGCCCAAGAGGCCUGGGGGGGAGAGAGGGGGGGACGGGGAGGGCGUGCAGGUGGGAGGAGAGUGGGGCGUGGGCGGGGAGGGCGUGGGGGUGGGCGAGCUGGUGGAGAUGCUGCGGGCGCUGCACGGCGUGUAUGAGGAGAGCCGCCUUGAUGGCCUCAGCCGCAGGUGGGUGGCCGCAUGGGCGGGAGGGAGGUGUUGCUGCCAUGCUGUGGGGCCGGCCUGUCUCUCGCUGCCUACCCUGGCAGCCCUAGUGUGGGUGCUGGCAGCAGUGCUGGGCGCGCAUGACCUGUGCGACCACUACCAGCGCCACCACCCUGCCCUCGCCCUCCUUGCACGCUCCUCCCCCUCCCUCCUCUCACACUGCACACUGCCCCCCCAUCCUGCACUGCCAUCCGUCGUGCCGUGUGUCUUCACCUGGUUGGCUCACACUGCGCAGUACGGUCCAAAGCAUGCCGCCCCUUGGCUGGCGUGGAUGCCGCCCUCCUUGCUGUCCGCUGCUGCCCAGCCCACUCUGGUGGGAGGGGAGGUGGGCGGGGAGGGGAGAGGCAGAGAGGCGAGAGGAGGGCAGGGAGCAAGGGAGGGUAGGGGCGUGCAGGAGGGUGGCGAGUGGUGGGAGGAAUGGGAGGGCGAGGGGGAAGGGGGGCGUGGGCUGCUGCCCUCGGUGCUGGGGCUCUUCUCGCUGCUCUUCCCCCGCGGUGCCUGGACCCGCCCUGCUGCCGGCGCGCCCUCUAAGGCCAGGCAGAAGCCGGCUGUGGGGGGAAGUGCAGAGAGUGCCGGGAGGGCAGGCAGUGAUAGGGGAGGAGGACAUGCAGGAGCGGGGGCUGAGAGUGGGGGCGGGGGCAUGGUGGCAGUAGCAGGGGAGCAUGGUGUGGCGGGGUUGAGUGAGCGGUGUGUGGCAGCCAUGGUGGCGGCACGCAUGGGCCGAUCUGACCUUCAGAGGCUGCCCCCUGCCGUCACCCUGCCCCUGCUGCAGUUUUCCAAAACCCCUCUCUUCACCACGUCCGACCUCACCGCACUCUCCUCCUCCCCAACCCUGCAGGCGCUGCACGUGUGCAGGGAGAACCCACCACCCGGGUGGCCAGCAGCGGCAUACGUGCUGGUGGGGCGGGACGACCUGGCUGCCACUGCCACCGCCUGCCUGCGCUGCUUCUCCCUCCGCUACUCGCUGCUGCCUCGCUGCCCCUCCCCUCACAACGAGCACCUCAGCGGUGCUAGAGUCGGCACCACUGCAGCGCCGCACUCCACAUACUCCCUCUCGCCUCUCGCCUUCUCCUUCCCUCCCGCUGUGCUCGUGCGCUCGCUCUCCUCUUUCCCCUCGUCCCCCCACUCCGCCCUGCACCCCUCUCUCGCCCUCCCCGGAUCCCACGCCACUCAAGGCCUUGCCUCCGCCUCAGGGGUGGGCGUGGGGGGCAUGGGGGCGGGGGCGGGCAGCGGAGUGGGGGUGGGGGGGGCAUCGGACGCGACUGGGGUGGGAGGGGGAGGGGCGGGAGUGGAGGGCGCAGGGGGAGAGGGCAUGGUGGCGGACGGCAUGGAGCAUCUGCUGCUGCCGCCCGCGCGCUCCCUGCUCGCCCUGCGCUUCCCCUGUGACCUUCGUCUUGCUGAGGUGCGUCGCCUGCUGUGCUCUGCGCGCCCAGUGCCCCUGCCGGCCGCCGCUGCUUCUGACUCCACCGACCCCGACGCCCUCGCCGCCCACCAGGCGCGGCUAUGGCAGGUGGCGCAUCGCACGGUGGCGCUACCGCUGGGCCGGGCUGCCUUCACCUUCGCCACCGCCCCGCCCACCCUCACCCAGGCCCUGUCGGUGCCCAAGCUGGUGCUGGCGGGGCGUUUGACGGCGCAGAACGACGCCACGGUGGGGCUGGACGGCACGCUGGGCAACCUAUCAGAGCUCGCCACGUGGCCGGAGUUCCACAAUGGAGUGGCAGCCGGCCUCAAGCUCGCCCGUGUGCCCCCGGGCACAGUCACACGUGCGUGGGUGGUGUACAACCGGCCAGGGGAGGCCUCGAGUGCACAUGGGGGGUUGCUCAUGGCGCUGGGGCUGCGCGGCCACCUGCGUGUGCUCGCCCCCACCGACUUCUUCCGUGACCUCGCCCUCGAGCACGAGGCAACGACGGUGGGCGUGCUGCUGGGCGCUGCUGCAUCGUACCGGGCCACCAUGGAUGCCAAUAUCUGCAAGAUGCUCUAUCUGCACAUCCCCUCGCGCCACCCUCCGUCCUUCCCCGACCUCGAGCUCCCUCCCAGCAUCCAGACGGCAGCGCUGGUGGGCGUGGGGCUGCUGCACAUGGGGUCGGCGCACCGCCUCACCACCGAAAUCUUGCUCGACGAGAUAGGGCGCAAGCCAGAGGGGGAGGGCAGCAUGGAGAGGGAGGGGUAUUCUUUGGGAGCUGGCCUCGCACUGGGGCUAGUCACCCUCGGAACGGCGGGGAGGGCGUGGGGGCUGUGGGACCUGCGCAUGGAGGACCGCCUGCAACGCUACUUCUCUCCCGCUCUCGACCCCUCCGUGCUGGAGGGCAACACACCCAACGUGGAUGUUACGGCACCAGGAGCAAUUCUCGCCCUUGCCAUGAUGUACCUUCAGUCGAACAACGAGGCGGUGGCGGCGCGCCUGGCCCCGCCAGCAACGCACUUCGCCCUCGAGUUUGUGCGCCCCGACUUCAUCCUCCUGCGCGUCCUCGCGUGCUCCCUCAUCCUCUGGGACAGUUCCUUUCCUCCGCUCCCCUCCCUCCACUGCAGCGUGCGGCCGUCAGACGAGUGGGUGGCAGCACAGGUGCCGGGCAUCAUCCGUGCCGCUGCGGCCGCCACCGGGGGAAGGGGCGAAGGGGGGAGUGAGGGGGAGGAUGAGGAGGGGCGGGGCGUGGGGAAGCGGGGAGGGGAGGGGGGGGGGGAGGGGGGGGGGGAGGGGGAGGCGGAUGUGGAUGAGGAGGCGAUGGCUCUGGCGCUGUGCAACGUGCUGGCGGGGUGCUGCCUGGCGCUCGGUGAGUUGACCCAUGCCAUUGCCCUGGGUGCCUGGCAGCUGGGCGGGCUGAGUCUAGUGAGGCAGGAAGAGUGUGGGGAUAGAGAAGGGCUGCGCUAUGCGGGUUCAGCCAAUGGCGAGGCGGAGAAGCUUCUCCGGCGCUAUGUGCUGCUCUUCUUCUUCCUCCGCGAGCGCCGGCCCCUCACGGCCGUGGCCUGCCCGUUCGCCGUGCCGCUGCUGCACUGGCGGGCACUGCUGGACGCGCGCACCCUCGACACCGCUGUCAACGCUGCCGUGCUCUCCCUCUCCCUCGUACGCUCUACUGCCUCUCCUUCACUCUGCCCUCCUUCGUUCAUUCUGCUCUCCCUCGCCCUCCUACACUUUGCUGUCAUGGCAGGCACGGGCCAUCUGCCGUCGCUGCGUUUGUUACGAUUCUUCCACCGUCGCACCGCUGCUGCUGCCGAUGCCGCUGCUGUCAACGCCGCCACCACCUAUGGCUCGCACAUGGCGGUGAGCAUGGCGAUUGGUUUCCUGGGCCUGAGUGCCUGCCAGGCCACCUUCUCCACGUCGCCCCCUGCUGUGGCGGCGCUGCUGCUCGCGCUCUUCCCGCACUUCCCCUCCUCGCCCGCCGACCACCGCUGCCACCUGCAGGCGUUGCGGCACUUCUGGGUGCUGGCGGUGGAGGAGAGGGCGUUCGUGGAGGCUGUGGACGUGGACACGUGGCAGCCUGUCAUUGCUCUACUGCACCUCACCCUCAAGUCCUCUGACUCAUCCACUCCAACCGCGCUGUCGCUGCACACGCCGUGCCUGCUGCCGCCGCUGCCUCAGCUGAGGGAGCUGCGGCUGUGUGGCGGCAACUUCUGGCCGCUGCGAGUGGCAGCGAGGAUAGCAGACCCUUCCCGCCCGUCCCUGCGAGCCAUGAGGGGGAGGCGGCGAGGGGGGCAUGGUGCAGUCGCUGCAGGGGGGGGUGGGGGGCGGAAGGCGGUGGGGAGCGCAAUGGGAGCGGGUGUAGGUGGGGAGGGCAGGGGGGGCCGGCACCUGGUGCUGCUGGUGAAGGGGCGGCGGGCACAGGCUGGCAGCGGCGGUGCUGCAGCAGUGGGCGAGAUGGGAGACCCCAGGUCCCGCAUGGGGGAGGAGACUUGCUAUCUUCACUCCCGCAACACAGCCUUGGCCCUCUUGCAUCCAGCCAUGGCCCUCUUGCAUCCAGCCAUGGCCCUCUUGCAUCCAGCCAUGGCCCUCUUGCAUCCAGCCAUGGCCCUCUUGCAUCCAGCCAUGGCCCUCUUGCAUCCAGCUAGUGCUGUCUUGCAUCCAGCUAGUGCUGUCUUGCAUCCAGCUAGUGCUGUCUUCCAUGCAUUGGCAACUGCUCUCAUCACCUUCUCAUUGCCUCCCGCUUUCUCUCAUUCUGCAAUUCCCUCUCAAUCCUUCCUUUCCCCCACUCCCCCAUCAUCCCACUCCCCCAUCAUCCCACUCCCCCAUCAUCCCUUCCCCCACUCCCCCAUCAUCCCUUCCCCCACUCCCCCAUCAUCCCACUCCCCCAUCAUCCCUUCCCCCACUCCCCCAUCAUCCCUUCCCCCACUCCCCCAUCAUCCCACUCCCCCAUCAUCCCUUCCCCUUUCUUUCCCCGCCCUUUGCCGUCCCGUGCAUCCCUGGCCAUCUCUCCCUCCAUCCCCUCUCUCCUGCAUACUCCCCUCUCUCCUGCAUACUCCCCUCUCUCCUGCAUACUCCCCUCUCUCCUGCAUACUCCCCUCUCUCCUGCAUACUCCCCUCUCUCCUGCAUACUCCCCUUUCCCUCACUUAUUCUCCAUGCCCCUCCUACCUUCCAUGACCAUGCACCCCUAUACACUCUGCACACCCACUUCUUUCCCCCCCCUCAUGGCAGCCGCCCUGCCAGUGGCCGACCCCGUCCUAUCCGCCUUCCACCGCCUCUUCUGCCGCCCCCUGCCACGCUCCACUGUUCAACCGCAUGCAACCUCAAGCCAUGAGGGCUUCUCAUCGGUCUGCCAGGCAGCGCUGCUCAUGGCGCACGCAGCGGAGCAGCCGGAGCUGCUGGAGGUACUCCUCUUUCUCGCCACCACCUGCCAGGCCGUGCGCUCGCUGCGUCACUCGCACACCAACUGUGGCUCCGCACUGCCCUGCCUCAUCUCCUCCUUCCAGGUGUUGGAAGCCUUCAUUCCAUCGCUCCGUGCACUCUCCUCGCCCACCCUUUCCCACCGCGCCAGCCCUCUUGGAUCACCCAUCGUGAGCCCGCUGUUUCUCCGCUCCCUCUGCUCCACCCUCCACCGUCACCUGCUUGCACCCGCUCACCGCACCCGCUCUCACUCAACCUCGCCCCUCCUGCGGCAACACCUGGAAGACUACUCGCGCCGGGCCCUGCUCCUUGGGUUUCUGUGA